UCUUCAUCUCCAUCUCCGUCUUCAUCAUACUCAUCACUCAUCGUUGUAUUAUCCAUCACAGCACUCAUAUUAAUUCUAAGAACAUCAUCGCUUGCAUCACACUCUAAUCACCAUCAUGCCUUACCCAUCCUUGCUCCGGCUUGGCUUGGCCAUUGGGGCCUUGGCCGGACAGAGCUAUGCUUCCCCUGCUGCACCUAUUCACACAAGAGACGACCUAUCCGAUACCCCAUUACCUAUUGUUGUUUGGCACGGCCUUGGUGACCAAUUUAACAGCGAUGGAAUGAAGAGCAUCCAAGCCCUCGCUGAAGCCAUCAACCCAGGAACAUUUGUUCAUAUCAUUGCCCUCGAUGAGGAUCCCGGCCAGGAUCGUAUGGCUACUUUCAAGGGAAAUGUCACGGACCAAGUCAGCAAAGUUUGCGAGGAACUGGCCAAGCACCCCAUUCUGUCUACUGCACCUGCUAUUGAUGCCAUCGGUAUCUCUCAGGGCGGACAGUUCCUCCGCGGUUACGUCGAGCGCUGUAACUGGCCACAGGUCCGCAGUCUUAUCACAUUUGGUAGCCAACACAAUGGUAUCGUCGACUUCAGGGCCUGUGGUGCUACCGACUGGCUCUGCAAGACAGCUAUGGCCCUCAUGAGAUCCGGUACUUGGAGCAAUCUUGUGCAAUCAAGCCUUGUUCCCGCUCAAUACUACCGCAACCCAGGAACUGAAGCCGAUUACAGCAAAUACCUCGAGAAUUCCAACUUCCUAGCCGACAUCAACAACGAGCGCGAGUUAAAAAACGAAAAAUACAAGGCAAAUCUGAGCAAGUUGACCAACUUCGUCAUGUGGAUGUUCGAAGAUGAUGAUCUUGUUAUCCCGAAAGAAUCUGCGUGGUUUGAGGAGGUCAAUGGCACAGAAGUUAUCCCUCUCCGAGCCCGUGAGCUUUAUCACGAGGAUUGGCUUGGCCUUCGCGAGCUUGACCGCAAUGGUGGCCUUAGAUUCCGAAGUGCCCCCGGCAAGCACCUCGAGAACCUCCCUGAGCUACUGAACAGGACCAUCACAAAUUACUGCGGCCCGUGGAAACGGACUUUUGAGUCAGAUAUCGAAAACCCCGGGGACGGGCUCUUUGAGGCCAGUGACCUAUAGGUUAGCGCGCACCACGACGCAGCAAUCCUCGCAGAUCCGGACAUGGACAGGGACGGGGGCUUUCGGAUCAGCGGUGACCAUUUGGUAAGCGCGAGGCAGGGCGGAGGAUGCGUCACAAGGAUUGAGGUGAUUGAGGAAGUUGAGGUGCUGGUAAAGACCUGCUACGAGGAGGACGGGCACUGCUACGAGGAAAAUGGGCACCACUCCCAGGAAGACAUACUCUGCUGUGGAGACAUAACCAACCAUAUGGAAGACAUAUUCUCCUGUGAGGAAGACGUGCCCUGCCGCUAGGAGAAUGGGCGCCACGAGGGAGUCGAGACGGGAGAGACCUGCUGCGAGAAAAUUGGGUACAACGGUGAGGAACGGGACAUAGCUGCCGAGUACUUGGCAGAAUGUGACUGUGGACGGUAAUUCCCUGGGCCUGGGUCUUGACGAAGGAAGAAGAUUGUUUCAAAGAAGGCGCAAGAGAGGCGUAAUACCAUCA